CUCCAACACUUGAUAACUAAAUGAUUACAGUAUUGUCAAACAAAGGAAAAACUACAAUACUUUCCCUUAAUAAACAUUUUAAUCAUGAGAAUCAAAAAAAGAAACUCAUACAAUUCAAAAUGGCGCUGGAGCUGCUGGAGAAUCGAGUGAGUGAGCUGGAAAGAACCGUUUACGGUGACGAAAAACCGACUAAACCUACUUCUCAAUGCAUGGACAUGUUGUUAUCUGUAAAUACACAACUUCAGUCUCUUAUUGCAAGCCGUGAAAAAAUAUUUGCAGUAUUUGCAAAAAUUGAAGAAAUAGAGAAGUGUUUAGAUCCCGAUUAUGCAGAUGAACUGGCCCUGACAGAUUCCGCAAAGUUAGAAUUAAUCUUAUCCGAGGAAGAUAAGAUUCGUCAGACUGCUGAAUGUUUGCAAAAAGUGAAUGAUUUAAAAUUUGUACUUGAUAGUCAGCACAUUAAAGGUAAGAAGACUUUAUAGCAGUUACACUAUUUGUAUUAUUUUAUAUUAGU